AUGGCCUUGACCGACGAUAGUGUUCGCGUCAAGCGCCGACGCACAUCCAUUAUCGACAAUCAGAUCAACGACUCUUUACAUUCUAGGACUAUUAGGUCACCGAGGACGGAGGCUCUGGCAUUAAAUCCUGUCACUCUCCCGGAAGAUGUUCUUGAGCCUUGGGAUGGAGAACAAAGAACUGUUUCAAACUCCUGGUUCCUCUCUGGUAUUGCUGCUGGGAAAUUUGGCAAGUCCGACCCGCUCUUUACUCCGGAUGACAAAUACCUUUUUCUUGGUCUCAAAACAGCAGUCCACAUCUACUCAGUGGCAAGUUCGCGACUUUUUCGCGUAUUGACGCUAAAACCUUGCGAGAGUGUAAUCGGUUAUAAAUUCUCCCCAUUGAAUGCAGAUCACCUCUACGUGUUCAGCUCCACUGGCUCUGUGAGCAAGUGGGAAUGGUUCUCCGGCCAACAGAUCUCUUAUCGGAGUGCCUCCCGGCCAACGAUUUGCAUCGACCUUUGUUCAAAUCCGUCUGGAAUAGAUGCCCUGUUCUCCGUUCAUGAGCGCGGCGACUCAAAGAAGGAGAUUGUCCUUCAGCAUCCAAGCCAUGAAGAGCUCCGCACUACCUCAUUGCUGACCACGAACGCCCAAAUCACACAUCUAAGAGCUGCUUACCAGGGUAGAAUGUUGGUUGCCUUUGGAGGCCAAAACCUUCUUCUCGGCUCUCAGAAGCAUACUAAAGACUCAGCAUCUGUUUGCUAUACCUGGAGCGAAUUAACGUUGCCCACUAGUAUUACAUCCGCUGAUAUUCGGUAUCAAACAGCCUCACAACGAACAGAGACCUUGGGUUCCGGGGAGCGGGCGACUACGGGCAAAGUUGACCUAGCGUUGGGUGAGUCUGGGGGCUCUAUCAUGAUAUACAAUGAUAUUCUCAAUUCUUUACAGAACGAGAUCGGCAACGGCAAGGGUCUCACACCUAGGCGGCUGCAUUGGCAUAGGAGUUCCGUCAAUGUGGUGCGCUGGUCGAAGGAUGGUAACUAUGUCAUUUCUGGUGGAAAUGAGUCUGUUAUGGUCAUUUGGCAAUUGGACACGGGCCGAAAGCAGUUUCUACCUCACCUCUCGUCCCCAAUUUACAACAUAGCUCUCUCCACCAUGGGCGACUAUUAUGCAGUCAUAUUAGCUGACAAUUCCAUAAUUGUGCUAUCUGCGCGAGAGCUGCAACCAUUUGCUACCAUUACUGGUUUGCAGUUGUGUCCACUUUCGACCAAACCUCACAACUGGGCCUCGACCAAGAAGCUCUCGUCAGUCGGGUCUAUAGCGGCUGCGUUACAUCCGAAGCAUCCCGACCAACUUCUCCUAGCUGUCCCGGCCUGUCACCAGAUCACCGCGGAUGGUCAUACCGUUGCAAAUGCUUGUUCACUUCAGACCUACGACAUCCGCUCCAAUACCCAUAUUUCACGACAAGCUCUUGCUCGUACCAACAUCACAACCUUGAAGGUCAGCCCAGAUGGCUCAUACAUCACUGCGCCGGAUGUGAGUCACUUGUCCCUCUCGAGAGACGGGAAAUGGAUGGCUACUGUUGAUAAUUGGACCCCAUACGCUCGAGAUGUACAGGCCCUCAUCCCGCGUGAUGCUCAUGGCGAUCACAUUUCUACCGAUUAUCAGGAGACUUUUUUAAAAUUCUGGCGAUGGAACAACUUGUCUACGAUCUGGGAGUUAGUGACUAGAGUUGAUAAUCCUCACUUCUUGAGCAAGGGGCCUACACGGGUUUUGGACCUUGCUGCUCGGCCUUGCGCCUACGAAUUUGCCACUGUCGGUGCUGAUGCAGUGCUUCGAUUCUGGUGCCCAAUCGUCAGGCAACGCAGCGGCCUAAAGACGGAAGGUGCAGAAAAGCUGUCAGAGAGUUGGAAAUGUCGAACUGCCAUUGAUUUAAAGAGCUAUCUUGACAUGGAUCAAUCUGCACGAUUAGGUGCGGCCUACAUGGACUAUUCGCAGGACGGAUCGGUGCUUGCUGUUUGUCUGACAUCGUCAUUAUUAGCGGAUUCUGGUUUUACGAUGCUAGUCGAUGCUCAAAACUGUAGCGUUCGCUACAGCAGGGUUGGUUUAUACGCGGGGGAUCCGUGCGGGUCUGCAUUUUUGGGUUCGCAGCUCCUCAUCACUUCAACACGAUCCCUGUACAUUUGGGAUACUGUGAAUGAUUCCGUCAGGAUCCUUAGCUCAAGUGAUGUUUCGGAAAACAUACAGCCUUGUUCGUCACGUCUGUUAGCGGUCAGCAUUGAAACAAAGACGUUCGCGAUUGUUGCACAAGUCCAGCAAAAGGACCCCGUGUCAAAGAAACGCCGGAGAAUCGAACCUCGUAUACAGGUUUACGACAUUGAAACUCUCUCUUUACUUGCUGAAUCCAUGCUUGACAGCUUUCCCGUUGCUCUACUCCCUGAUAGACAUUCCGGCGAUUUCAUCAUCGUUGAUGCUGAAGUCAAGGUGCAGAGGUACAGCUGUCUGAGUUUAGUACCUCACCCUACACAUAUGGCUUUACCAGAUAAUCAGAUUGAGAACUUCAGCCUGGCUAGUGUGUUCGGACAGCAAACGGAGGGAGACCUAGAUAGUGGGCAGCAAUUAGCUACAGCGAGUGAUGGUUUGAAUUCGCAGCCGCAGCUCGCUAGUGUUUUUGGUGACAUACCACCAUAUGUUCUGCCCCCAGCCAACCUCCUCUUUCGUGAUGUUGUACAAGCUCUUGCAGGCUAA